GGAACGCGAGCUCAAAAGUUGUCUGCUCUGUUUUAUCUCCGAUAUGAGCGGUGUAGAGUGUUACUUUAGUGCUGCAUCGUAAGUCAAACAUGUGUACAUGAGUCUCUUAUGAAGGGAACGUGAUGUAAUGACAUAUCAACGUCUUUGGAUUUACCGUUUACCCAGUGGAAAGACAGAGAAGUAAUGCCGUCACCACAAGUCCUCCAACCGGUUCUUACAAAGAAGGUGGAUGAGCUGUUUCUCAACUGGUUGAGUGAUCCUGGAACUCAGUCAAUACUCAAAGAUUAUCUUGACCUAAUCAAAAGUGGACAGUAUAUUAAAGACUGUCAGGACAAAAAGUCAUUAGGUUUCAAUGAGAACAACAAUGUGGCAUCCCAGAAGAAUCUAGUAGAAAAAAAGCCUGCUCCCCUUGGUACCCCCUCUAGCCCCCCAGCAAACAGUACCUUGCCCUCUCGCAGCAGCAGUAACACCAGAGUGACAGGACCCAAUGGCAGAAUACUACGGCAGUCUGUCAGCACAAAAAAGGCCCAGGUGAGGACGGAGGAGGCAGCCACCACCGCACUGAGUGAAAGCAUUCCCAAGUUUUACUUCCCACAGGGCCGGCCCCAAGCCAACCUCAACAUCGACAGCCUCAUUUCCAAAAUUGAGAAAAUAUUUUCCCAAUUCCCAAAUGAAAGGGCUACCAUUGAGGACAUGGGGCCAGUUGCCAAGGCCUGUGAGUGUCCCUACUACUGGAAAGUACCAUUGUUCUGCUUAGCUGGAGGCGAUAGGACGGGUUUCGUGUCCGUUCAUAAGUUUGUGGCCAUGUGGAGAAAAACUCUGCAGACCUGUCACGAUGAUGCUUCUAAAUUUGUGCACCUCUUGGCCAAGCCUGGCUGUAAUUACCUGGAACAAGACGACUUUAUUCCAUUCCUGCAGGAUGUGGUGAACUCACAUGCAGGCCUGGCCUUUCUGAAAGAGGCUCCGGACUUUCACUCACGAUACAUCACCACGGUGAUUCAGAGGAUAUUUUACAACGUGAACAGGUCGUGGACUGGGAAAAUAACAUGUUAUGAGCUCAGGAAAAGUAACUUUCUUCAGAAUGUGGCGUUGCUGGAGCAGGAGGAAGACGUGAACCAGCUGACAGAUUACUUCUCCUAUGAACAUUUCUACGUUAUCUACUGCAAGUUCUGGGAACUGGACACCGACCAUGACCUCUACAUAGACCAGAAGGAUCUGGCACGGCAUAAUGACCAAGCCAUCUCACAGAAAAUGAUUGAGAGAAUAUUCUCAGGAACAGUAACACGGGACAGGCGAGUGUAUAAGGAGGGAAGGCUGAGUUAUGCUGACUUUGUCUGGUUCCUCAUCUCUGAGGAAGACAAGAAGACUGACACCAGUAUAGAGUACUGGUUCCGCUGUAUGGACCUGAAUGGGGAUGGGGUGCUUAGCAUGUACGAGCUGGAGUACUUCUACGACGAGCAAUGUCAGAAACUGGAGGCCAUGGCCAUCGAGCCCCUUCCCUUCGAGGACUGCCUCUGCCAAAUGCUCGACCUCGUCAAACCUGAGGUGGAAGGUAAAAUCACCCUACGGGACCUCAAGAGGUGCAAGUUGUCCCACAUUUUCUUUGACACUUUCUUCAACAUUGAGAAGUACUUGGACCACGAGCAGAGGGACCCUUUCUCUGUUAUAAGGGAGGCGGAGACGGACGGCCAGGAGGUCUCAGACUGGGAGAAAUAUGCUGCAGAGGAGUAUGAUAUACUGGUGGCUGAGGAGGCUGCCAAUGAUCAGUGUAACGAUGUGUAUGAUAAUCCUCUGAGCCCUUUAGGGCAGCACAUCUCCAGUGAGCUGGGUCUGACAAAGAGACACUUCUUUGAGAUCCCCACUCCUCACUGCAACCUGAACCUGGACGACUACGAAUAUGAAGACGACUUUGAAUGAUGCCUGACGCUGUGGCGCUUUCUCACGAGCAGCUUCUCCUCUCAGACACAGAAAUCAACACAUGCAGCUGUGUUCGUGGCUGAAACACAUCAUGCAAAGAUCAAGAGAUUCGGGUCGGCUCCCAUCCUGUGCAGCGGGACACACUUCACCAAACAGAGUAAUCACAAAAGCAGCAAAACGCUGUGAUUUUCUGUGAACAGCUGGAGAAAAAAGCAUGAAGCAUCAAGUCAUUCUUCCACACUCAACCAGAUGUUUUAUGAUUUUCACCUGUCACUCUUUAGGCUUCACCACAGCUGGAUUCAUGUCACAGGCAGCGUGUUUUAGACCUUUGAUCCCUCCUUACAUGUUAACAAGCUGUUUUCUGCAUGUUAUCUUUUCUAUCAAUAAUGUUCAGGGAGAAUUUCGUUUCAUCCGAACAUCGGUAUUGUGUAAUCACGUUCACACGAGCCAAAUCGCAUUAGUUACACACUGGAGCUUCCUGAACUGUUGGACAGAAACCAUGAUUUAAUUCGGGGAUCAAACUUGUUGGCUAAUGUUACAUUCCAGUGAUCAUAUCGAAGAGGUUUUCUAUGAGACUGUAAAUUUAUAAAUGGUUUGUUGAGAAGUCAGAGGUUGCUGUAAAUGCCAAACAAGCCACCAUCAAAGCCUUCUGUACACACACAACCCAGCUCAGAUGGCCACACACAGCGUGUAUUGUACAGGUCUGUUUAUUAUGACUCGUGUAUGUGUGGAAUGGGGUUAUAAAUUACUAGACAAAUUUAUAAAUUCCUGUACAUAUUUAUUUUGAGUUUGCUGUGUUGUAAAUGAGUUGGGUGUUUUAGACAUUUUUUUGUUACAAAGUACUUUAUUGAAUUAACUAUUGACAGGAUAAAAAAAAAGUUUUGUUUUUCUUUAAAUUAAUAAAGCUUUGUUUAAUGGAAAAGUAAAUUAAACAGUGCAGUUUAAUGUACAUGUGAUAAAUGCUGGUUUUCAGAACAUAUGAAGCAAUUUUUGUUUUCCACUUGUAAUUUAUUUUGCUGUUCACAUACAGUGAGAUGCUUUUUGAAUUUUUGAAAUGAUAAAUGAUGUAUUCAUGGUUUUUAAGUGGAACAAGGUCUGAUUGUAUUUAUAGAAAGUAAAUGGUAAAAGCUUUCA